UACAGAUGCGAUUCCCAACCCCCUGAGCCACGGUCGCCCAAGUAAUAGUUUGACUACUAUGCAGUAGCAUCAGUAGUGUAUCAGUACUCUGAUGGCGGUGUGUGUCGGCGGCCUCGGCGUGACUGACAGCCAUUGACGUCUCUGUCAGCUCGCUGCCGUCUCCUCCCGUGUGAGAGCAGUAAUCACAGUUUAGGACACCUUCAUGUUAAAAUAUCUCCGUUUACCUCUGAAGUCGAGAUUGAAACCUCACUCAGACGCUCGCCGCCGUUUCAAAGCGGUGAUUUGGGUAAAUGACUAUAAUUAAUCCUCCGCCGCGGCGGUUUGAGGCCCCGCGGGGCCGGGCGUGCCGUUUGAUUGACAGCUCUAUUUUUAAGCCUUCCUGCUGACAACAGGACGUGGAGCAGGAGGGAACGGGGACGUUUGAUGGAUGAUGGACAGUUUGUCCUCAUUUCCUCUUCCUCCUGCCAUGAAGUCCACCUGACGGCACUGAUUGGAGGAAAGUUUCUCCUUGAGAAUCUGGACCAGGUUCUGGAGCUGAGCGGGGAAGUUAUUGAAACCAUUCUGACGGCAGAGCCACGAGGAUGCUGCGAGCGAUGGAGCUGGUCCGCUGUGGCGGACCCUGAAGGAAAGAAUAGAAUCUCUGAGUAGUGUUGCUGGAGGAGGCCGGAGCUGCACUCCCUGCAGGCUCACCUGCAGUGUGACUUGGAGGCUCAAACCACACCUGCUGCACCGCCCGCCCGACCCUCCAGUGUUCUCGCUGACAGCAGGAUGUUCCUCCCUCUGAUUGACUCCCUGAAAUAGUUUAAGGAUAUAAAUGUUUAUAAUAACAUCCAAAGUAUGUCAGUGUUUUUUUACACGCAGGCAGUCUCCCUUAUUACUAGAGUGUGUAUCCGGAAUGAGAUGACGCUACUGCGCAUGUCCACGCAAUCAGCUGCUGAGCGGAGAAGGCGGGGUUUGUGAGGUAGCAGGAAGCAUUAAUCACGCGUGUCUGUCUUCGCAGACCGGAAGUUUCUGUUAGCAUCAGGUCAACGGUAGCAGCCGCGCGCUCUCGUGUCGAACUUUAAACACGCCGCUCUGUGGUGGGUUAAGCUCCUCGUGGGCCUAAUUCACAGCUGUUUUACACGUGACUGAAGUUUGUGGACACACGCACACCUCUGAUGAUGUCAUCUUCCGAUGAACAGUUGUGUCGGAACAGCUCCAGCGACAUGACGUCAUCACCGCCAUCCCGCAAACGGAAACGUCAGAAGGCUCAGCAGCCAUGGGCUCCACCCAGUGACGGGACAGACGGGACCCCGAAGAAGAAGAAGAAGGAUGGAGCGAAGGAAACGGGACGUGGCGGCAUCAAGACCUCCUCACUCUUCAAACAUAACCCUGACAUCCCAGACAUCCACAGACCAGCCAUCGCUCAGCUGAAGGAGAAGAUUUUUACCUCCGACUCGUUUUCAGACCUCGACCUGCACCCUCACUUGGUGGCCACUCUGAACAAAGUCAUGAAUAUUUCUACACUCACCAGUGUACAGAAGCAGACGAUCCCAGCUCUCCUGGCGGGACGCGAUGCUGUGGUCCGCUCUCAGACAGGAUCAGGUAAAACUCUGUCCUACGCCGUCCCGCUGGUCCAGAGUCUUCAGUCGAUUCAGCCGAAGGUCAGCAGGUCAGAUGGUCCUCUGGCUCUCAUCAUCGUCCCCACCAGAGAGCUCGCCCAGCAGACCUUCCAGACCUUCCAGAAGCUUCUGAAGCCGUUUACCUGGAUCGUCCCAGGUGUCCUGAUGGGAGGAGAGAAGAGGAAAGCGGAGAAGGCCAGGAUCCGUAAAGGAAUCAACAUCCUGGUUUCGACUCCUGGACGUCUGGUGGACCAUAUCAAAAACACCCUGAGCAUCGCCUUCAGCGCCGUCCGCUGGCUGGUCCUGGACGAGGCCGAUCGGACGUUGGACCUCGGCUUUGAGAAGGACCUGACGGUCAUAUUAAACAGCCUGAACUCUGCGGGACCAGCCCGACAGAACGUGCUGCUCUCUGCGACGCUCACAAAUGGUGUGACGCGGUUAGCAGACGUGUGUUUAAACGACCCGGUCAGCAUCCACGUGUCUGGCGCUCCCUGCUCUGACCUCACCACCACCUCCGCUGUAACAUGUGACCCCGAAGGAGCCAGCCAAUCAGAGAGCUUUGCUGUGCCUGAGGCUCUGAAGCAGUUUGUGGUGGUGGUUCCCAGUAAGGUCAGACUGGUCUGCCUGGCUGCUUUCAUACUGGACAAAUGCAAGUUUUCUCAGAACGACAAACUCAUCGUCUUCAUCUCGAGCUGCGAGGCCGUCGAGUUCCUUCACUCUCUCUUCACCGCUGUGCUCUCCAGGCCCUCAGCCAAUCGCAAACCUCCGCUGAGGUUCCUGCGUCUCCAUGGCAACAUGAAGCAGGAGGACCGCACGGAGGCCUUCCAGCAGUUUUCGGCGUCACAGUCGGGAGUGCUGCUCUGUACGGACGUGGCAGCCAGGGGCUUGGACCUGCCCCAGGUCACCUGGAUUAUUCAGUACACUCCUCCCACCGCAGCGGCCGAGUACGUUCACCGCGUCGGACGUACAGCUCGGAUUGGAGCGCGAGGAAGCAGCCUCCUCUUCCUCACCCCCGCUGAGACCGCCUUCAUCACUGAGCUGGCCAAUCACAACAUCAGCCUAUCAGAGAUGAAGCUGCAGGACAUCCUGUCCAGUCUGAUGUUCGAUGAUGUCUACAAGGGGCGGGGCAAGUACCAUAGCAAGAGUUCGUCCAAAGCUCUGGAGCAGGAAGUCCGCGAGCGAGCGACCGUCCUUCAGACUGAGUUUGAGAACUUUGUCCACGCGGACGCUCGGUCGCUACAGGCUGCCAAGAAAGCACUGCAGUCCUUCCUGCGAGCGUACACCACCUACCCUGCUCACCUCAAACACAUCUUCCACAUCCGCUCGCUCCACCUGGGCCACGCCGCCAAGAGCUUUGGCCUCAGAGACGCUCCGCAGGGUCUGACUGCCGCCGCCGGUCCCGGGGCCUCCGGGAGCCACAGGAAGAACCAGAACCAGGCCCGGAAGCAGACCGGGAGUCCGACCAAGAACCAGAACCAGAAGAAGCUGACUGGAAAGAAGAGGUUUGGUCAGAGGGAGGUCCGGCUGAUCUGCUCAGAGUUCUCCAGCGGGCUGGAGAGUAGAGACGCCAAGAAGAAGAAGAAGAAGGAGGAGGAGGAGUGAUGAAGAAGAGUCUGAUGUUGAGCAGCUGAGGCGAUGGUCAAUAUAUGAAAGAUGUGAUUGAUGCUGACGUGUGAGCGAGCUCCUCCUCCUGCCUUGGCUGGUUGGCCGGUGCACUCGUCGGUCUGUGACGAGAUUUUUGAGUUUCAGACGGUCGCAGAAUAACGACCAUCGGACCGCUCCACCCUCACCACUUCACGCACGUUUCUGUCGCUCCGAGCUGCGAGUUUGAAACCCGAGUGCUGCUCGUGGACACGCCCCCGACUCCCCGCCCUGUUCCUGACUGUGCACCUGUGUCAUUUGUCCUUAGGGGCCACCGUACUGCAUCCCCAACAUGAACCCGUGCUAAUAAAAGCAGAUGUUUGUGUGCAGA